AUGUUUUCGACUCUCUCACCUGCCUCCUCACUUUCUUCAACGAUGAUUUCUUCUUUCGUAGCCGUCAAAGCGCCUCCGGUCGCCGGGAUUCCCCGUCGCGAUCUCCCUUCACUGCGUGUCAAGGCUUGCUCGAAUCAGAAUCGUUCUGAUUGUUGUUUUCACGAUAAGCUCAAAUCUCUCGCCAAAUCAGCGAUUCUCAUCGGCGCUGCUGUUUCCAUGACCGGGAAAUUCUCAACCUUACCGGUGAAAGCGGAGUCGACUCCGGUUACUACGACCACCGAAGAAACCCUCGAGGAAGUGAAAGAAGAGAAACCAUCUGAAAUCGAACCUUUAUCUCCGUUGUCUGAGCUUCUAGACUCCACUCCUGAGGCGAUCCAGACACUAAGAUCACUCCUUCAGCAGAAGCUAGAGAACGGAGAAGACGAAGAAGCUCUCAAGCUUUUAGAGAGACUAGUCACCGCACAGCCAGAGGAAACAGAGUGGAAGUUCUUAAUGGCGAGGCUACUGGGAGAGAUGGGUCGUCCAGAGAAAGCACGCCAGAUGUUCGAGGAAAUUCUCCGACGAAACCCGCUCUCGUUCGAGGCUCUGUUCGAGAACGCAUUGCUCAUGGACCGGUCCGGGGAAGGAGACGCGGUGCUGCAGAGGCUGGAGGACGCUUUGGCUGUAGCGGAAGCUGAGAACUUGGUGAAGGAAAUGAGGGACGUGAGGCUGAUCAUUGCGCAGAUACAGUUCUUGCAGAAGAACGUGGAUGAUGCGUUGAAGAGCUACGAAGAUUUGACGAGAGAGGAUCCGAAGGAUUUUCGACCGUAUUUCUGUAGAGGUAUGAUUUAUAGCUUGCUUGACAAGAACGUUGAAGCUAAGGAACAGUUUGCGAAGUAUAGAGAGCUUUCUCCGAAGAAGUAUGAAGUUGAAGGGUAUUUGAGAACUCCGUUAUCUAAAAUGAAGCUCUUUGGUAGUGGUGAAGAGAAUGGAGUUAAGUUAGAAUAG